GCAUAUGUGAAGGUGAAAAAUAAGCAUAGAAAGGAUCAAAAGAGUGUAAUCAAUCACAUAGAAAUAUCAUGUCUGGGGCACAAGGAGCACAGCCAAAAGGGUCAAAGACAGCAACAAUAUAUGAGUCAGUAGGAGGAGGAGGAGAGAACAGGAGCAGGAUUGAGUUGCGUUCAAGGGAGGAUCAAGGUUCCAUUCAGGUGGAGAAAUUGCAGGAGAAGGUCAGUGAUCCUGCUGGAAAAGGUGGUCCUGUCUUUGGUGCUGGUAAAGAGGAAGACAAACAAGACCUUGGAGUCACAGGCACAGGCUAAUUCAUCACCUAUGCAUAAACCAAAACCUACUCUCUUCUCAUCAUCAUGCUGCUGCUUCUAAAUCUUUCUUCUGUGUGUUUGUGUCUUUGCAUGGAACUGAUUUCUUUCUUCCUUUCUUACUUUGCUUCUACUUUCUGUUUUAUGGAAUAAAACGGAAGAGGUUGAUGUUAUCACCUAAA